AUGCUCGGCAACUCAAGACCUGAGUAUAUCUUCAUUCGUGUUUGCAUCGUGCUCCUGCGCGCUGUCGCGCCACUUAGCAUCGCGUACCUUGCUCUAUGCCUCGUCUUACGCAGGGUCACCUUCUCGCGUCUCGUAUGCCUUGUUGCUCUUGCGGAGACGCUAUUUUUUCUCUGCGUAUACCUACCGAGGAAGAAGUCGCUGCAAAAGCACAUACACUUUCCACGACGACUAGAUCGUCAAGCCCGACAGGAACUCUUCCAACGCUGCGUCCACACCGCCGCUGACAGCACCGCGUACCCCUCGGGCUGGUUUCUCCCCAUCCCCACCAACGGUAAGUCAUCCCCAACCCCAAGCCAAACCAAUCCCGCCCCAGCCACUCUGAGCUACGAGAGUGUGCGCGAGUGGCUCCUCUGGGCCUUCUUCCAUGCCGAGGUGCACGAAGCGCGCGACGACUGGACGGAGGAGAUCGAUGAAUACCUCGCCGCGGUCGAGGAGUACACGGGGCGACCGCUGGAUAGGGAGAUGGUGGCGACGUCGCGCGGGAUGCGCGUGACGAUGGACACGGUGCCGACGGUCUAUCGGCCGUUGAUAUGGUAUGGGAUCGUCGCGGGAGUGGACCACUCGACGGCGGCAAGAUUGUGGUACAUGGGUUUCGAGCACUACGCUCCCGCGCGAGCCUUCGACAUGUUCCCGCCGCGCCUGUGGACGCCCUUCUCCAAGCCGUCAGCCGCCGCCCCCUACUCCUACUGGUACCGACCAGGUAGCAAGUCCUCCACCGCCCUCCCCAUCCUCUUCAUCCACGGAAUUGGGAUCGGCCUGUACCCCUACCUCCCAUUCAUCGCCGACCUCAUCGCCCGCGACCCUUCCCAGCCCAUCCUCCUCCUCGAGCUCCUCCCCAUCAGCAUGCACAUCACGCACCCGCUCCCCCCGCGCGACACCUCCCUCGCCGCCCUUCGCGCCCUCCUCCGCGCGCACCGCCUCCCCCGCGUCGUCCUCGCCGCGCACUCCUACGGCACCGUCCUUGCCGCGCACAUCUUGCGCUCACCGCUCCGCUCGCACGUCUCCGCAGUCGCCUUAAUCGACCCCAUCCCCUUUCUGCUCCACCUCCCGGACGUCGCGCACAAUUUCCACUAUCGCGAGCCGAAGGAGGGGCGCGCGAAUGAGUGGCAGUUGUGGUACUUUGCAGGGCGCGACCCGGAUAUCGCGCGCACGAUCGGGCGCGCGUUCUUUUGGGCUGAGAAUGUGCUGUGGGAGGAAGACGUGCACGCGUUCUGUCGGGGGGAGGGGGAGGGUGGCAUCAAGAAUGACAGGGAUAGAGAAUGGAAGGACAGACGGAACUUCACGGUUGUGCUCUCCGGCGAGGACCAGAUCGUGAACGCGGAGGCGGUGAGGCGGUACUUGACGAAGGAGGAGCGGCCGCGGUCGAGGUGGUUGCGGCAGGGAGGUGCCGACGAGGGCGAUCUGGAGGUGCUCUUUUAUCGAGGACUGGACCACGCGCAGGUGUUCGAUACGUCCAAGAGGCGGAAACCGCUCGUAGACAGCGUUAGUCGAUACGCGCAUGGGGCGUGAGGGGGUGGGGGGAUUCAUAU